AUGAUGAAGCCAUUGCGCGCUUUGGGGUUCGUUCUAUCCGGCGAGCCCGGAAGGGAUGGGGCUUUGUUGGCCAUUUACUGGCUGACAGGUCAUGAACUUUGGAGUCAUGCAUUGGAUCUCUCGUCGCCUUCUUCGUCCCUGCUGGCCUUUUGGUGGCGUCGUUUGAUGCCGUCAGUGGUCUCGGUCUGGUCUCUAUGUCCUCGGAUUGUUCGCGGGGCUUCCUUUUAUAUCUUUAUGAUUUCGAUUUUUGCCUAUUGUCGCAAUUCCCCCCCCCAAAGAAUACCUUUCCUUGCCAUCCACCCGCACUUCCACCCUAGUCAGUUCCCACCAGGACGUUGA